AUGUCGAUUUUUAGCAUUAAGUUAAGCGAUUUAUAUGAAGCUAUUGGAAAAAAUAAAAAUGGCUGCCAGGAGAAACUAUGCCAAAUAGCCUGUACGAGUGUUGUAAAUGUAUAUGCAGCUGUACACGAAGUCGUCAAGGCAAGUUCCUGUCCCUCUUUCGAUGCACUUAUACUAGAGAAACAAGAUUUUCCCAUGGGUGUUUUAAAGAAUUAUUGGUUGGCUUCCAAUAUUACAUUCUACGAAGUUUCAAUACGUUUCGGCAAUAUCACCAAAAUAAAAAGUAGUGCUUUCAAUUCACCACUUUUUCGUAAUACAUUUGUACUUUCACUGGCCCAUAUGAAUAUAACAAAAGUAGAGAGUGGUGCUUUGUUGGGACUUUACAGUCUCAGGUAUUUGACUAUCAAGUCACAUAUACAAAAGUUAGCACCAUCCAUCUUCCAACCGGUACAGACGACUUUGAUGAAUUUGAAAUUAAAUGCAAAUUUAAGAAUUAAUGGAAAUGGCAGUCUGUUCGGUGUAAGCUAUAUGCCCAAUUUAAUAUAUUUGGAUUUAAGUAAUAAUAUUUUCAAUGGUUCCCUGAGCAAGCACUUAUUCAAGUCUAUGCCAAAUUUGAAAUAUUUAGCCAUAACUGAAAGUCAAAUAGAGCAUAUAGAGGAAGAUGCAUUUGAAGAUUUAAAAGAAAAGUUGGCGUUUGUAAAUCUUUCGAAAAAUUUGUUGACCACUUUGUCGGCAACUGUUUUGGAACCCAUACUUGUGACUCAAGGGGUAGCCAUGUUAAAUUUGGCCAAUAAUUAUUGGAUUUGUAGUUGUCAGCUGCAAGACUUGGCUAACCUUUAUAAGGAAUAUCGCCAACAGUUUAUGGAAGUAUUGUACUGCAAAGCUCCUCAUCAUUUGUAUGGCGUAUCACUGGAUGAAGUUGACUUUGAAGAGGAAAAUUGUUUAGUAACAGGUACAACCCAACAAGACACAGUAGAAGAAAAAGAACUGGAGACGGUGACAGAACCUGAAACUUCGACUAUUGAGUCUACUACCUCAAAAAAUGAUGGUAGUGGUAGUAGCUCGCCUGUAGAGAACAGUAGUGAUUAUGUACAAUCUAAUGAAUUGUCAUCAACUGAAUCUUCUAAAAUUUUAAAAAUGCGUUGCUUUGAUCCCAAUGCAUCUGGUCAAACUUCACGAGAAGCGAAUAUUUUGCCCUCCGAUGAACCAGUUGAAUCUAGUGUUGAAUUAUUUAGUGAUAAUUCCGAACAUUUGCAAUUACCAGCUCCCACAUAUGAUUUUGAAUUACACCUAAUACCUGAAAACAAUAGUGUGAUUGUCAGCAUAAGUACACCUUCGCAAUUUGGCAUUUUGGUCAUUUGGUUUAGUGAACAAUUGGAAUCAUCGGUUAUUGUUUACGAUGAAACUUCUUUGGAUUACGAAUGUAAACGUUAUGAUGCACCCGACUUAAUUGUUGGUCCACUGCAGGAAAAUACCACCUAUACAUUUUGUUUGUUGGGUGCUAUGGAGAAUGAUAUUUCACCCUUUGAUUGUUUGCCUUUACAUGUACCGCUUAAGCGGCAGGAAAACAUAUGGAUAUCAGAGGAUAAUAAACAAUUUACGAUUGGCAUGUUAUGUUUGAUAUUUCUAUUAUCUACCAUAGCUGGGGCAUUGAUUGCUUACUUUGGCAUUAAGGCAUAUCCGGAUCUCUUAGAGGGCUCUAAAAAUGUUUUAGUUGUUAAGAAACCCGAUCAGGCUUGUUAUGUGGCAACUAUUUCCGAAACAGAAUAUCAAAAGCAGAAUUCACUUAAGAAGAGAAAACCCUCGACCAAGGAGUUGACCAUAAAGAAACAAUCUUCUAUUAAACUUCCUCUACCCGAUACACCACCUGCUGAAGCAUCACCCUCACCCUAUCGCAUGUCCGUUAAAGACUUAGAGAGAUUAUCUAGUUUAAAAUCAUCUUCCACUUGCUUUGAAGACACCUUUCCCAACUAUAAUUUCGCCGAUGACGAGUAUGAAACCCCCAAAGUAUGCAACGAUGAAUAUACAGCCGAACAACGUAGUAUUCCAAAUAUGUAUGGCAUGAGUCCAAGAUCUCCACCUCCUCUACCCAAACGUAAUUCGAAUGUCUCAAAUAGUCCCACUUUGGUGAUAAAUCGUUUUUCCAGUAAUGUUGAUUAGGCAAAUUGGAAAUUAUGGAAAAUGUAAUAUUUUUUAUGUAAAAUUAUAAAAAAUAAAAGUAAAUUAAUAACAAAAUGUAAUUGAAUCAAGCAAAAAAAGUUUUGAAAUGCAAUUUCACUCAGAAUUUGGUAUCAAA